UAAACCAAAUAAUUCGUUACUCUUGAGAUUGUUUCCCUAAGUAUUAUGUUCUGGUUAAUCAUCUUCUCCGUAGCAUAUGCAGGAUCAACUGAGAACCCUCAUCCAACAUAUCAAUCCGAUCCAGUAUUAAAGGGGUUUCGGAGUCAAACCCUGAACCCUGGAGAUAAUCUAACCCUGUCCUGUACUCUCAGUGGUUUGGGGGAUAAGGAGAAGGUUCGGUUUACAUGGGAGAGGAAUGGAGAAAUAGUUCAGGACUCUUUGGUUUCAAUAGACUCCGGGUAUAGUGGAGUAGUGUGGUAUAGUAGAGUAUACCUGGAGCAGGUUACAGGUGCUACUGGAGCUGGAUGGUGGAAGUGUAAAGCUGGAGCGCUUUCUGAAACUGCCAGGAUUGAUGUUGCUGGAUCUACAAAGCUUCUCAACCCUGAGAAUACUCUGGGUGUUGAGAGAGAGAGCGGAGAACUGAACCGUGUAGGACGGAUAGGAGAAGAUAUAGUUCUCUACUGUCCCUACCAAGGAACACCUCCGACUCAGUUCACCUGGUGGACAAAAGGAAGGAGAAUCGGAGAAUCUACGCGGUUCAGGUUUCCUGAACCAGGUUUACUCCGGGUACUAAACCUGACUGUGUCGGAGCAAGGAACCUACACCUGCAGAGCUAAGGUUCAAGAAGGAGAAGAUUUAUCUGGGUCUAUUCAACUUACUGUGAUAGAUUCCCCGGAGUGGGUUGCACCACCUCAAGACUCCAGGGUUACCCUUGGAUCCCGUCUAGUCCUAGACUGCAGGGUGAGAGGAGAACCUAAACCUGAGAUAGAAUGGACCCGGAGAGGAGCUGUAUUGAACCCUGUGACCUGGGAUGGAUACAAGAUAUAUGAGAACGGAACUCUUGAGAUCAUCUCUACCAGACUCCGGGACCAAGGAGAGUAUACCUGCUCCGCCAGCAAUUCCGUCCUUCCUCAUCUUUCAAGAUCGGUUCAAGUUCAACUCAACGUCGGAGCUUACUUCUACCCGGAGCAGGACGAACUGCAGGGGGAGAGGAGAGAGAAGGUUGGAGAACAGGAUGGUUCCGAGGAUAUUGACGAUGAAACUCUUAAAGAUCUUCAACAAAGUAUAAGGGUUCGGUCUGAGGAGAGGGUUAUCUUAUCUUGUAAUCCACACGGUGAUCCACCCCUGGAGAUAUACUGGUUUAGAGAUAACAAACCCAUCCCUUCUCCAAACCAUAGGUUUAAGAUAAAGAACGAGGACAAGAAUGGAACUGUUUCUAAGGAAUAUUAA